AUGGUCUUGGAACUGAACCAGAUGAUUAUUCCCACUUAUGGAACUGUGCCAGAUCAGCAAAACCUUCAUACUCCUGAAUGGGCUGAUUUUGAUGAUAAGCCUGACUCCUUGUUCUUCAGCGAUGGGCAGCGAAGAAUUGACUUUGUUCUGGUGUAUGAAGAUGAAAGUAAAAAAAUGACUCAUAAGAGGAGUGAUCGUAAAAAGCAAAAGAGGAAGAGACAAGCAUACGAAUCAAACCUGAUAAACAAUGGCUUGCAACUUGAAGCAACGAGAUCGGUUUUGGAUGAAAAACUUAUUUUUGUGAAAGUGCAUGCACCUUGGGAAGUGCUGUGCACAUACGCUGAGGUUAUGCACAUCAAAUUACCUCUGCAACCCAAUGACCUGAAAACCCGGGACUCAGCUUUCAACUGGUUUAGUCGAUUCUUCAGAGUGGAUGAAAAUAUCAUCAAACCUGAGCAAGAGUUUUUCACUGCCCCUUUUCAAAAGGAACAUUUGUCCAACUUUUAUAUUCAAGACAAAGACACAUUUUUUAAUCCUGCAACUAGAAGCCGAAUUGUUCAUUUUAUCUUGUCCCGUGUGGAAUACGCAACCAAAAACAAUGUGAAAAAGUUUGGCAUUAACAAAUUACUGGACACUGGAAUCUACAAAGCAGCAUUUCCCCUUCAUGACUCUAGUUUUAGGCACCCAUCGACCGAUCCCAGCUGCCCAAGUGAACGUUAUCUUCUCUACAGGGAGUGGGCUCAUCCUAAAAACAUUUUCAAGCUGCAACCCCUGGAUUUCAUCAGGAAAUACUACGGAGAGAAAAUUGGAAUAUACUUUGCUUGGCUGGGCUUUUACACUAAUAUGCUGAUCGUGGCUGCGGUUGUAGGAGUUGGCUGUUUUCUGUAUGGAUGCCUGACAAAGGACAACUGCACAUGGAGCCAAGAAGUAUGUGAUCCCAACAUAGGAGGUAAUAUCAUAAUGUGCCCUCAGUGUGAUAAAGUAUGUACCUACUGGAACCUCACCAUCACUUGUGAAUCGUCCAAGAAACUCUGCAUAUUUGACAGCUUUGGAACACUGGUGUUUGCAGUAUUUAUGGGAAUAUGGGUUACCUUAUUUUUGGAGUUUUGGAAGCGACGGCAAGCUGAACUGGAGUACGAAUGGGACACAGUUGAAUACUUAGAGCAAGAAGAACAAGUUCGCCCAGAAUAUGAAGCUCGAUGCACUCACGUAGUAAUGAAUGAAAUCACACAGCAAGAAGAACAUGUGCCAUACACUGCCUGUGGGAAGUGCAUACGGAUGACCUUUUGUACAAGCGCAAUCUUCUUCUGGAUUCUUUUGAUUAUUGCUUCAGUUAUUGGAAUCAUUGUCUACAGGCUCUCGGUUUUCCUGGUGUUUUCUGCUAAGUUGUCACAGCACAUUAACGGAACGGAGGCGAUCCGCAAGUACCUGACUCCGCAGACAGCCACUUCAGUAACUGCUUCACUCAUCAGCUUUAUAGUCAUUAUGGUUCUCAACAUCAUCUAUGAAAAAGUGGCAAUCCUGAUUACUGACUUUGAGCUUCCAAGAACACAGACCGAUUAUGAAAAUAGUCUGACCACAAAGAUGUUCUUGUUCCAGUUUGUCAACUACUAUUCCUCAUGCUUCUACAUAGCCUUCUUUAAGGGCAAAUUUGUUGGUCACCCUGGAAAUCCAGUUUAUUGGCUAGGAAAGUACCGCAAUGAAGAGUGUGAUCCAGGUGGAUGUCUCCUUGAACUUACAACUCAGCUUGCCAUCAUAGUAGGAGGUAAAGCAAUCUGGAACAACAUUCAAGAAGUACUUCUUCCUUGGGUUAAGAAUCUAAUCGGAAGAUGCGGUGCAGCUGCUCGAUCAGAAAAAGUUGUUCCACGCUGGGAACAGGACUACCACCUGCAGCCCGUUGGAAAACUUGGACUGUUUUAUGAAUAUCUUGAAAUGGUUAUACAGUUUGGCUUUGUCACUCUCUUUGUGGCGUCAUUCCCUCUGGCUCCUCUUCUGGCUCUUAUUAACAACAUGUUGGAAAUCCGGUUGGACGCGUGGAAGCUGACGACCCAGUUCAGGCGCAUGGUUCCACAGAAGGCACAGGACAUCGGCGCCUGGCAGCCCAUCAUGCAAGGCAUAGCCAUUCUGGCCGUGGUCACCAACGCUAUGAUCAUCGCUUUUACAUCUGACAUGAUUCCUCGUCUGGUUUAUUACUGGUCCUUUUCAGUCCCUCCUUAUGGGAGUCACAGCAGCCACACUAUGAAAGGGUAUAUAAACAGUACACUUUCUGUCUUCAAUAUAUCAGACUUCAAGAAUGCAAGCAAGCCAUUUUCCCCUUGGUUUGGGAACCAAACGACGUGCAGAUACCGGGAUCUCCGCUACCCUGCUGGGCACCAGCACCAAUAUGAGCACAACAUCUACUACUGGCACGUCAUUGCAGCCAAGCUGGCUUUCAUCAUUGUCAUGGAGCAUGUUAUAUACUUUGUGAAUUUUAUUAUUUCGUACGUAAUUCCGGAUGUAUCAGAAAAGACCAAGAGCAAGGUCAAACGAGAGAAGUACCUAACACAGAAACUCUUGCAUGAGAAUGAUCUCAAAGUUGUGAAGAAAACCAUGGGGAAAAUAGCCGACAAAAUUAUUAAAGGAGUCGACAGCACCUUCCGACCUAAAGCUGAAUAAGUACUUCUUUAUAAGGAAUGACAGUAUUUUGCCAGCUAGUACCUGCCAAGAUAUUACCAAUAGCUAAUCGAACACUUUGGAUUAAUUCCCUUUACUAAACAUUGUUUCUUGCAACUGUUACCUGCAUUUUCCUGUUUCCCUUGGACAAGUGCAACCACUGUGUCUCAGAUAAGAGUUAUCAAUUUUUUAAACAGCUUUAGUAGGGCAUAUUUUUGUAACAUGAAGAUGAAUAUUAUUUAUCAUCUUAAAGUGAUGCAGAUCAAUUCUCAAAUACAUGGAGUGCUUUCCACUUUCUUUAGGCAUCAGCCAUUAGAUCUCUUGUCUGACUUGAAUAAAAACUUAAGAACAAGAAUGACUUCAUCACUUCUUCUGAAGGAGUUUUGAUUACUUGCUAAUGUAAAGCCCAACUAUAAAAUGAGGAGGAAAAGCCAAAACAUGAAGAAAAAUACAACUUAAAAUCAUGUUGUUAAGCCAUUGGAAUCGACAUACUAAGCGCUGUUGUGUGCCACACUGAAUUAGCUAUGCAUACUGAGACUUAAAUGGAUAACAAGAUAUUUCAAUUAAUCAUGGACUUGGAUCAGAAGAAGCAGCAGGACUGUAAGCCCAUCCUGUUCAUCAAUCUCUGUGUAAACAGGAGAAUUGCCUUUGAAAUCAAUGCAUACAAACUGACUUUACAGCACUCCAAGUGAGUAGAAAACUCAGGCAUUUUAUCUUUCCUCAGUCAAUGUUCUUUCAUUACUUCACUUGCCCAUUCUGCCCUGAAUGGCCAUAGCAUUGAAGGUCUCCUGCCUGUAACAGUAAUGAGUGUUAAGAGUCUUUUCACGUACCAAAUCAAUAUUUGUGGAGGGCUGUCUUUUGAAUUUCUCCCACACCAGAGGCACCGUGCUCUUCUUUCCGGAAAUAUUUCAACAUAGGAAGAACAUGGAGCUGCACCUGUUGCAAUACCUGUUGCGUGAUAAAAUAAAUUCUGACAAGACCAUGAAUCUACUGAAACUGGAGAUUGGAAUAAACCAUUUAAUGUGCCUUAACCAUGUUAUGAAGCUUUAAAUAACUAGGAAGGAUGUGAGAGGUGUGGAUGCAUGUGCUAGAGCCACCAGUCAUCUUCAAAUUAGGCUGCAGAUCAGCUUGGCUAUUUUGGCUCCAGUUGCAAAAUGGGAGUUAGGGAAUUACAGAUUAAACCUGUAUGUACAUCUCCGCUUUUUUGUCUGCAGCAGGGAUAUUCCAGAUUAUCAAUUUACUUUCUCUUUUAACAGUUUAGCAGACCAAUUUCUACAAAUUCUGACAACCAAAUCUUGUUAAAAAAGCAAAAGUGAGAUUACCGUUGCAUUUGUAGUUUUGUACUCUUCAUAAAUGUAAUAGAUAUGCAGAUUUUUUAGGCAGAUUAUUCAUAUAGCUUUUUCCAUAUUAAGACGUUCAUUUGUAGAAACUAACUAGCAUUUAUAAGAUGUAUUUUAUCCCACUAAUAAUCAGAAGGAAUCAAACAUCAAAACAUUGUAGCAAGACUUCCAGAUACUGACUGCUGCAUACCUCCAGCCUAUCCUUUGAGAAGGCACCAUUUAAACCAGAAGAGGUAGAACCUGAGGUGAGUCCUUUCAGCAGUCAUGAUACACGAGCCUUCACUCAGCAAGACUUUGCACAAUUGUGAGAGGAAAGCUUGGUUCAAAAAUCAAGGAAAGAUGAAAGAAAGAAACUCAUAGCUUCCAGAGAACUGCUUCAUUUCUGACACUGAAGGACUGAAGCUUACUUAUUAUAAUGCCCAGAAAAUUUUGUGUACACACCACCUGGAGACAAGACGCAGGACAGAAAAACAAACCAUAACAAUAAAUGACAAGUCAACCAGAGCAGUGAUGGAACCAGUGCUUCUUUGCACAGGGAGUUCUACCUUUUGUCAUUUGUUUUGGUUGCAUCAGAAUCAUGACAAGUCUUUAAUUUACCAGGAAGCAAGUAUGAAUUGGGCAGAUGGACAAAUACUUAGAAGUUUCUAAAUAAAGACAGAAUUUUGACCAAAACAUAUCCCCUCAAAUACUGGUUUGACCUUUUCCCCAGAUCAUAGGGUGGUUGGGAUUGAAAAGGACCUCUGGAGAUCAUCUGGUCCAACCCUGCCUUGCUCAGACAGGGCCAGCUACACAAGACCACGUCCAGAUGAGUUUUGAAUAUCUCCAACGAUGGAGACUCCACAAUCUCCCUGGGCAACCUGGGCCAAUGCUCGCUCACCCUCACGGUGAAAAAGUUUUUCUUGAUGUUCAGAAAGAACCUCCUGUGUUUCAGUUUGUACACGUUGUCUCUGAUCUGGUCACUGCAUGGUUUACCAAACUUUGUGUUCAAAACAAAUUUUUGUCCAAAAAAUUGUUUCAUGGAACAAUUUUAGUGAAGUACGCAGGACUUCCCUGUGCAAAAUUAGUUUAGUUAGAAAGGCCAGCCAGCUCCUUUCAUACUUGGAGCUUUUGAUUUUAGCUUUGAACUGGCAUUCCCCAUCUUUGGUUGUGUUCAGCUGAGAGAUGCUGUUUUCAUAACCCCAUCAGUGAUCACAGCCCAGUGUGCCUUAAACACCUUUUCAGGUGCGGUGUUGGAGGGCUCGGGCUGGCAAGGAAGCAUCCCAUGAUAAAGCAAAAAAAAGUGCAGCACAAAAUGACCAUUUCAGGUAAUUAUUUGGUCUUAAGAAAGCAUUUAUUGCCCUCUUUGAGAGGUGAAGAGACUAGGAAACAAAGAAAUUUAGUGCCUUCCCUGGGGACACACUGUGAGCAGUGGCAGAGCUUGAGGCUGAUUUUUCAGAACUGCCUGGUCUUCUGCUCCUUGUUUGGUUCUUGUGGCCUCUCUCAGUUGCCCUUUUUUACAUCAGUUGGCAGCAUUUCCUAAAGGGGGAGUUGUCCCUGAGUGUCAUUGAGAGUCUAUAUUCCUGCCUUUAAAAUAAUGAUUUAAAAAAACUUGCUACAUCAGCAAAGCGUGUAUAUCUAUGACUUGGGCUCCUCCCAUAACAAAAUCCUUAUCAGCUUUGGGUGCGUUUCUAGAUUACCAUUUUUGUUCAGAUCAGGAGUGUGCUUUUGAAACUAGUCUUCCACUUGUCCCCACUUUCUGGGCAGUGCUUCCCAUCAUAAACUGGUCUUGGAGCACACGGACUGGAUUCCUCUUGGUUUAAACUGAACCAGAAUGCAGGUUUUAGAUAUGAACUUAAUAGUCUCCAGCAGGCGCUUAGUCCAGAGAGCUAAAACCAGAGCCAGGCCGAAGAGAGCGGUGAGCACUGCGUGGGCAUCACCUAGUCAACAGCAACUUUUUGCUCUAGUGAUUUGCUUCUGAAGUGCCACACUCCUUGCUAAUGUAGCUGUAACAUUUAAUUUCAGAAGACAUUAUAUCAGGAAUUCAGUUCAGCUUGCCAUAUGGACAGUGUUAUUCACAGCAGAGUUCUGAAUGAGAGAGAAAGAAGGGGGGAAACCAACAGAGUGCCUAAUAAUUGCAUUUUAAUAGUUUGAUUUAAGCUGUGCAAUUUCUGUAGCCUCUACCUCCAACUGCUGAAAUGUGCUCAGAACAAAAUGCUGGGGGGGCAGUUGCCAACAUGAGUAUUUGUAACUUUUUUUAUUUUUAGGCUAGGUCACUCUAAUAAUAUUUAAAGAUCUGCUUGAAGGGAAAAUUAACAUUUGUUUUAAACUAUGACUCAAUUUUACUCUUAUUUACACUUGAUAUGUAGGCCAGACUCUCAAUUUAUACAGAUCUGUUGAAGUCAGGGUGAAUUUGGACCAAUGACUAUUUCAUUGCCUUAAGAUGCACCAUAAAUUACAGAUCAAUGCCACUGUUUUAGACACUGUGUAUGUUGAUAAAAUUCAGAAUGUAAGAAUGUAUUUUUUUGUAUUUUUUCUAAGAAUGUUUGCCAUUAGUUUCUGAAUAUUAAGAUUGUAUAUUUAUUGUCAUUAAAUGAAGUCUAUUUUAAAAUAACAAUACAUCCGAUGUUGAUUAGUAUUGUUUUUCCAUGAACGAGACUGCUGCUGCCAAAUGCCACAUUUAAAUUCUUACCAUGUCAUCCCUGUCUAAUUUCCAUAUUCCUCCUCUUUUUCAAUCUUUUUCCGUUAAACUGUUACUAGUACUGAAAUUUAUCUCCUGUUUUUUCUGCAUCCUCUAGAUGAAAGUCACUCCUUUCAACACCAAGU